UGCAGCAGCUUCUGUGUCUUUCUGUUCAACACUGAUAAUAACCUGCACUACAAUUUUGGAGAGCUGAAUAUUUUAUGAGAAUGGACAACAAGGCUUACCUGGUUCAGAUGAAAAGCAACGGAGUCCACAGCCGGACCAGAACCCUGAAUGCGAAGGGACUUCCCGGCAAUGACAUCCAUUACAUGAGUGUGAACGGCAGCCUGUGCACGACCAAAACCAAGAGCCGCAGGCAGAGAUGGGAGGUGAAGCCUUCAGAGAUGUCAAAGAACACGCUGAACCCCAUCAGAGCCAUCGUGGAUGGGAUGAAGCUCGUCCCAAACCCAGAGAAGCCAAUGAUCUCGCUUUCUAUAGGAGAUCCCACCGUGUUUGGAAACCUGCCAACAGACGCUACUGUCCUUCAAGCCAUGAAAGACGCCAUCGACUCCCAUAAAUAUAAUGGCUAUGCCCCGUCUGUGGGUUACUUAAAGAGUCGACAGGCAGUGGCCAACUUUUACAGCUGCCCUGAGGCUCCACUAGAGGCAGAGGAUGUGGUUUUGACCAGCGGCUGCAGUCAGGCCAUUGAGCUGGCCAUCAACGUCCUCUGCAACCCAGGGGACAACAUCCUGGUCCCUCGUCCAGGCUUCUCCUUGUAUAAAACUCUGGCUGUCUCAAUGGGCAUUGAGGUCAAACUCUAUAACUUGUUGCCAGAGAAGUCGUGGGAGAUCGACCUGCAACACAUGGAGAGCCUAAUAGAUGAGAGGACUUCCUGUCUGAUCGUUACCAACCCAUCCAACCCCUGUGGGUCUGUGUUCAGCAAGGAUCAUCUGCAGAAGAUCCUCAAAGUGGCUUCCAAACUGUGUGUCCCCAUCCUGGCUGAUGAGAUCUACAGCGACAUGGUUUUCCCAGGAUGCAACUCUUCCUCUCUGGCGUCUCUCAGCAGCAACGUUCCCAUUCUGUCCUGUGGAGGCCUGGCAAAGCGCUGGCUGGUGCCUGGAUGGAGGUUGGGAUGGAUCCUUAUCCAUGACAGGAAUAACAUCUUUGGAUCUGAGAUCAGGCAAGGUCUCGUCAAACUGACUCAACGAAUUCUUGGAGCCUGCACCAUCGUCCAGGGGGCGCUGGAGAGCAUCCUGAAUAAUACACCUCAGAGCUUUUACAGCGACACCAUCAGCUUCCUGAAGUCGAACUCAGAGAUUUGUUUCAAGGAGCUGUGCAGCGUUCCGGGUCUGAACCCCGUCAUGCCCUCAGGAGCCAUGUACCUCAUGGUUGGCAUUGAGAUGGACCACUAUCCAGACUUUAAAAAUGAUGUGGACUUUACUGAGCGUCUGGUGACGGAGCAGUCCGUGUUUUGUCUUCCCGCCUCGGCGUUUGAGUAUCCCAACUUCUUCCGGAUCGUGGUGACGGUGCCGGAGGAGCUUAUGUUGGAGGCCUGCGCCCGGAUCAGAGAGUUCUGCCAGCAUUAUUACAGACCCCCCAGCUGUGAUGGUAAUGACCUGGACCAGUGAUCCAGCUGAGCUGAACUGGUGGGACUCUAUCCUCACUGUUGUGGACAUUGUUCUCACCAUGUUUAGAUUGGACAUGUCCAAACUGAUGGUGGGAUGUUCAGUGACAUUGUGACCUGAUAUUUAUAUUUCAUACCAGAAGCAUAUUUUACCCUCUACUAUUUUUGUAUAUUUAUAUACUUUGUGUAAGAGUCCUAAUGUGAAAUAUUAAUCUAGGCUUCAGUUCUGCUCCUGUUGUUUAUCAGAACCUUUCUAAAUACCCAUCCUAUGUUCAUUGUUUACCAGUAUAACUAUGUUGUUUGUAUCAUAAACACAAAUUUAAUGCUGCUGUUUAUAUUUCACCAAUAAAACUCUG